AUUUAUUGGCAGCAAGUGAGGAUUUCAACAUACAUUAAAACCUGAGUAACAGAACAUCAUCUUGAGAAUGGCAGGAAAGCCCAGGGAAGAUCAAGCUACCGAAGAAGAGAAGAAACUGAAAGUAUAUGAGCAAGCUUUCAAACUCUUUGACAAAAAUGGAGACCGAGGCAUCUCAAUGAGAGAAAUGGGGACUGUGAUUCGAGCGUGUGGAGGUAACCCAACUGAAGCGGACCUGAAAUGUGUGUGGACAAAAAUGGAUUUGGAUAAAGACAAAGAUGGAACGAUAAGUUUUGACGAGUUCAUCCAGGUCAUGAAAGAACAUACGUUUACUGCCGGGCGAGACAUACGUAAAGACUUUGAAGUGUUUGACACAAACAAGGAUGGAUAUAUCACAACAGAGGAAUUGAAGAAGGUGAUGACCGACCUUGGGGAGCCACUCAACCAGGAGGAACUGGAUGAGCUCCUCAAGGACUUUGAUAUAGAUAAGGAUGGAAGGUUCAAUUACCAAGAGUUCUUGAAAAUGAUGGACGACUAACCAUCACAGAUUCAAAUGGAUAAUAACCAGUGUGAACAGUACAGGAUUGUACAUUUUGAGA